AUGGCGUCCACGCGCGCGUGCGUCGCGUCGACGUCGCGUGCGACGCCGGAGAGGGCGCGAUUGAGUCGAAAAGCAAAGGCUCGCUCGGUCUCGGGACAGAGAGAAAGAAUCGUCGCGCGCGCGUCGAGGACGACGCUCCGCGACGCGCUGCGCUCGAACGAGUCGAGAGGAUCCAUCGUGUUCGUCGUGGACGAGGGUGAGAACACGCGGGCGGUGUUCGUGGGCGGUGGACGGGACGCGCUCGAGGCGUACGCGGAGUCGACGGAGCGAGACGUCGAGACGCUGUGGGUACGAUGGGAGACCUUAGGGCGUCGCGCGCGGGCGAGCGCUUUGAACGCCAAAGUAAAGGAGAUUAUCGCUGCGUUGGGAUACGCGCCGGAGGAUAACGCGGGGGCGGUGGCGAGCGCGACUCAGAAGGCGGCGGAGCCGACCGGCGGCGGGCAGGCGACGUUUGCGCGGAGCCAUCUGGAGGCGCUCGACCGCGACGGUAUCGUCGUGAUCGAUGGCAUGUUAGACGCUGAGACAUUGAACGACGCCGUGGAGUCGGUGCGAGCGCUUCACGCGCGCGGUUUGAUGCGGAAUCUGGAACAGAGCGGUCGAGACGACGACGUGGCGGUGCUCUCCGGUAGCGCGCUUCCGUCCGGUAGAGAGUUCUUAGGAUUACGGCCGGUCGUCAGACUCUUGCUUGACGUCCCAAAUGGCCUACGUCGCGCGUUGGACGACAAUACGAACGCCGAAAUCUCCGAAGAUACGCGAUCGAAGAUCCGUAGAUGCGCUCCGCCAGACCGUCUCAUGGCGGCUCGAUAUGGCCCUGAAAACUGUCGCUACGUCGCCCACCUGGAUAACGAUCCCAGAGAUCCUGGCAAUGACGUCGGCACACCCGGUCUCCGCCCCGCAGACCGCGUCUUCACCUGCAUCGCCUACCUCAAUCCGAACUGGAUCCCCGCCCACGAGGGUCGAUUUCGAUACUUUCCGCUCGGCGCCGACGUCUCUUCCUCCGAUUUCACCGACAUCGACCCACUCUGCGGUCGCGUCGUCGUGUUCGACUCUUCAAAAUUACUUCACGAGGUCCGUCCGAGCGCCGCCGAUCGCUUCGCCGUCACCGCGUGGACUUACGAUCGCUCCCGCGUCUCGCGAUCCGUUCCGUCGUCUCGUGCAAUUCAUCCACUCCCGGGUCUGUCGUAA